UAUCAAUUAGUUACAUGUCACUUGCUUGUGUCCAAUGUUGAGUUGUUGUUGUUGUAUUGCGGUGCAUUAACAUAUUAACUCCAGGCACAAAAGUAAAUCGAUAUGACAUCACCAAACACACACGGCACGUCCAUAUGUAUAAUCCAGCCGUUGCUGAAGCUCUCGAACUUCCUGGCCAUAAUACCUCCCUUCAACUUGGUCAAGUUCAGCAAGAAGAAGAGAUGCUCGAAGACCUACAAGGUGUACACCGCCUUCGUUCUGGUGAUUUAUUUAAGUUUGUACGGGCUGUCGGUGUACGGGAGGCAAAUGGUGGUGUUCUCCAUGUUGGCCAUACCCAUACAAAUCGUGGACCACGUCGCCUACGCCACGCUGACUCUAACCAACACCUUAACCAGUGUCCAGUCGGUGUUUUUCAACUACGAGGAGUUCCGCAGCUUCUUCGAGAAGACGUUGAAGGUCGAGUGCGACGUGAAGAUGAGGAUGUUGUCCAGGAGGUCGUUCUUGAAGCUGUUCGUACCUUACGUCUUGGCCGUAUUAUUCCUGAUGCUCGUGGAUGGCUUCAUCUGGAUGCACUCCUUGGGCUGGGUCAACUUUCGUUGCUACAUUCUACGUGACAUACAGUACGUCCAUUUUUGUAUCAUUAACUUCCUGAUGUUCACCUUGGCACGUGUCAUUGAAAAAAGGUUUUCAGCAUUGAACACGUUGUUGCCCAUAGUGGUUUAUAGUCUUCAGAAUCCGGGAUUCAAGAAGGAAUACGGAUUUGCCGCCUUGAUCGACGCCGACAGCAAAGACUUCCAGUACCAAGAUCUAAAAAACAUUGGGAAGUGUUAUGUACUAUUGUGUGAAAUGGUGGACACAUUCAAUAAAGUUUUCGGGAGUAUUAUCGUGUCGGUUGCCUUGUGUACCAUAGCAAUUUUAUUAAACAAUGCUAUUUUGGCAAUAAAUUAUUCGAUUAUGAGUGGAAAUGAUAUGGGUGGUACCGGAUUUGGAAUAAAUUUGUUAAUAUUGUGCUUAAUGUGGACAUUUAUGUCAAUGGUGCAAAUCAUCAUGUUGGCGUACGCCUGCGACGGAGUGGCCAGAGAGGCCAAAAGAACGCCGGAAAUCUGCUACUCCCUCCUGAACGACAUCCCAACAAUACCCAAAACUGACAAGGAUAAAAUUCUGAAGGAGGAGCUUCUUUUGAUAGCACAACAAGCCACGUGCAGAAGUCCAUGCAUUUCAGCUGCUGGUUUCUUCGUGGUCAACAAUUCAAUACUUGGGUUCAUAUUGGCCAGUGUCACUUCUUACAUUAUUGUCACUAUUCAGUUUGUAGGUCAAAAUUAGUGAUGUUUUAUUGUUGUAGAAGUAGUUUACGCACGUGUUUAACCCAAAAAUAUAGCUUCAAUUUGUAUUAUUUAGAUAAUAAAUAUAUACAGAGUG